UUACUGCCCGACUAACAUACGAAUUACCACUUCAUAUUUCGUUGCAACAACUGCUCGCAGUAUUAAACUAGAACUUGUUAAGUGUAAAUGGAAAAGAAAGGGUUUAUUUUGAUUGAUGCAUAUGCAGUGGAGAAAUAAAUUUAAGCAUUAAAUUUAAAAAAGGAUCUUACAAUCAUGCUUACAUUAAUUCAAAAUGUGUUGAUAAUAGUGAUUAGUAACUUUUAGGCUAAUAUUCACACAAUUUAGAUUAUUGUUCGUCCGCAUAUGACAUUUCAUUAAUUAUGUCGAGGAUAUUUCUAAAAGAAGUAAAAAGCAAAACACAAAGGUGGCAACUCUUUUAUGCCACAGAUUUUCUAAGUUUGAUGUAUCCCUGCUUCACAUUGUGCCGCAUACUGGGACUGUUCCCGUACAAGAUCAAUAAGUUGAAGUUCGAGAUUUCAAAACCACUUUAUAUCUUAUUGAUUAUAAUUACCUGUGUUUUAUGUCUUUACGAAUGCACAAUCCUCUAUCAGUACAAAACUUUUAUAAACUUCACAAAAUUCGAGGCCGUAACUACUUUUUUUGAAACGAUCUGCUACAGUAUGUCGACCGCUUCUAUAGUAAUCGUUACGCUCGUUUUGAGCAGGUCGCGAAUGCGCUUGCUUCAGAUCAUAAUGGAGAUCUCUUUGAAAUUGGAUCUGGAGUCCUACCAGAAGUUAUCAAGAUUAAUUCACGCCAAGGAUAUCUUUGGUUCCUUCUAUCUUAUUUGCAAAGUAUUUACAUAUGCCUAUGUGACAAAAAACGUUCCUAUCAUGUAUAUGAUAUUUGGAGUAUAUACAAUUCUACUAGUGUUUGCAAUGGACAUGUUGUACAUAAACUGCGUUUGUAUAUUAAAGGCCUGUUACAAGGAAAUUAACAAUAGUCUUCUACAUAUGCAAGAAUUCAUAAUAAACAAGGAACCACAUGUUACCAUGAUGUUUUAUAAGCAGAGAAAUUCAUUCCUGAUAAUAAAACUUAAGAAUCUGCAGAAGCAACAUAUGAUGAUCAGCAACACAGUACAGAAGCUGAACAUAAUUUUCAGUGUGCAACUUCUUGCUACGAUAGUACUAAGCUUUUCCUCAAUCAUUUUUGGACUAUACCAUUACUUCCAUACAGUACAAUGGUAUAAUGGAAUCGUCAAUUUUGAUGGAAUGUACGGUGUAAUGUUCUUACUAACCGCAAUAUAUGUCACUAUAAAAUUGGCAUUACUUGUGUGGGCUUGCGAGACCGGCAAGAAUCAAGCACAAGAGAUCCGUACUACGAUUCACGAUGUACUUAACAGCAGCAGAGAUGAGUCAAUAAAAAAUGAGUUACAGCUGUUUUCUUUACAAACUUUACAUGGCGAAAAUUCAUUUUCGGCCAAAGGUCUCAAUAUGGACGCAACAUUUUUCGCUUCUGUGGUGGGUACCAUUACAACAUACAUGUUAAUUUUGUUACAAUUCUUGAAGAUAUCACAGUCUUGCAAUGAAAGAUCUGCAAUUAAUAUUACAUGA